UUACGUUUCUUACUUCUUACUUUUAAUUCUUACCUUACGUCUGAAUGGCGCCCUGAACUGAAUCGCUCGAACGACGCAAUACACCACGGCCGAUAAGGAACUCCGAUACGGCCGUAGUUUCCGAAAAAGAGCCGACCAACAAAUUUUCCAUGAUUGUCUCAUCUGGUCAUCGCUUGACUCACCAUAUCCUCCGUCUUUCUCGCCGUUCUCUCUUCAUGGCCGCAUCCACCACCGUCAAUGGAACAAAAAACAGAGACAACCUCAUUCCUUUUGCCUCGAGACUGAGAGAGGGUCGGGCACUUGCUGAGGAUGUCUGGUCUAUCUUCAAUGCAGCAAACCUCCCAGCCGACUGUAUCAAUCUUGGACAGGGAUAUAUGAACUUUCCUCCUCCAAGCUGGGUCAAGGAAGCAGCCCAAGAAGCUCUUUCAAGGGUAGAGACGAACCACUACUCCCAUCCCAAGGGUCGUCCGCGUCUUCGCAAGGCGAUCCAGGACUUUUACAGCCCCCAGUUCGGCCGCGAACUCGACAUAGAGAAAGAGAUCCUCGUUACCAGUGGAGCGAACGAAGGACAGUACAGUGUUUUCACCGCGUUCCUUGAGAAAGGCGAUGAAGUUAUCAUGUUUGAACCCUUCUUCGACCAGUAUCUCCCAUCGGUCAUCUUCAAUGGCGGCGUUCCCGUCUAUGUUCCAUUGCAUCCUCCCAAAGCAGAGGGAAAGUCGACGAGUAACGAUUGGUCUAUCGAUCUUGACGAGCUGAGACGCGCGAUAACGCCCAAGACCAAGAUCAUCAUCAUCAACACUCCGCACAAUCCGGUGGGCAAAGUGUUUACGCGUGCUGAACUCGAAGGCAUCGCCAGCCUAGCGGAAGAAUUCAAUCUCCUUGUAAUGUCGGACGAAGUGUAUGAUGGUCUGGUUUUCGAUGGCAAGGAACAUGUCCGGAUAGCUACCCUUCCGGGAAUGUGGGACCGUACCGUAACUGUCGGGUCUGCAGGAAAGGCUUUCGCAGCAACCGGUUGGCGUGUAGGCUGGCUUAUCGGACCGGAAUCCAUCAUCCGCCCCACGCUCGCCGCGACGACCCGCAUCGUAUUUUGCACCAACUCGCCCCUCCAGGAAGCCGCAGCCGUUGGACUCGAACUCGCCCCCAAACACAACUUCUUCCAGAUCCAAAGGGAUGAGUAUGCGGAGCGUAGGAAGGUACUCACGGACUGCUUCGACGGCCUUGGGUUAAAUUACACGUUCCCCGAGGGAGGGUACUUUGUGUUGUUGGACGUAUCGAACGUCAAGUUUCCUGAUGAUUAUCCGUUCCCGAAGAGUCUCCAAGGAAGGGGAAGGGAUUUCAAGGCUAGUUGGUUCCUCGCCCUCGAACUUGGUGUUUCAUCGAUUCCUGUCAGCGAGUUUUAUUGCGAGGAGCAUGCCGGCAUCGGUGAAGCCUUCCUCCGCUUUGCAUUCUGUAAAGACGUAGACACGCUGCACAGAGCAGUUGAGAGGUUACAGGGUAUAAAGAAGUAUCUACAAUAGCCAUUGUGUUGAACCGAAAGUAGAGUUUAGACAUUUUGAUCUACUUAAGCGAGACAUAAAAUUAACAUACGCCAAACAAG